CUUAUCAAUGCACCUGCAGAGAGGGAGUGAACACGGAACCAGCAGUAGGUGAGACUUCCAGAAAGACAGGUCGGGCUAGAUUCCCUGCACUGCCUAGGGACAGAACAGGCAGCUGAAGAAACUGACCCUAAGCAGGGAAAAGGUGACAGAGGCAGAAGGGAGGCAGGUACCGUGUGCAACACAUCUCCACCAAACAGUGCAAGUAAGAGAAACAUGGCAAGUGGGACUUGAUUUUCCUCCGAGACUGAGACUGGCACAGUUGUGUGUUACAAGAGAUUUCUCAUGCCCCAUUUUCUGCCAUGUCGGACAACACUUCCACUCAAGAGCUUGAAGAAGAUGGUUCUUCUGAGUGCGUCAUUUGUUUCACCCCAUAUGACUCUCUCUUCCAUCUUCCAAAGAUGCUCUCAUGUAAACAUGUUUUCUGCCUGGAGUGUCUGUCCCGCAUUACUGUGGGCUCAACUCAACCAGAGACCCUAUCCUGCCCCAUCUGCCGCCUUCCAACAGCCCUACCAUCUAAGAAGGGCCCUCCAGCACUGUCUACUGACCACAAUUUGUUGAACAGAAUUAACAAGCCACCGAGCAGUCCAACCCCAAGUGUAAGGUUCAGUCGUAAACGUGGUCUUUUAUAUGUACAGAAGACUAAUUCUCUCCACCUCAGCACAAUCAGCCUCAGUGUGGACCUUGGGCAACCACCCCCUCGCCCCAUCGCAGCUCGAAAUGUACAGGCCAUCAUAAGACAUGGUGGCUGCAUUUUUUAUGGUUCCAUUGGUGCUGCCAUUUUACUGACAGUUGCUUUAGUUUUGGCUGGGGUUUACAUAUUUUAUCUGAUUCCCUGGAAAAUGGCAACUAGUGGUGGUACAGGGUCUGGAAAUAUGAAUGCAACAACAGUAGCAAGUAACAAUCCAAGUAACAAUACAAGUAACAAUCCAGUUAACAAUCCAAGUAACAAUACAAGUAACAAUGCAAGUAACAAUACAAGUAACAAUACAAGUAACAAUACGAGUAACAAUACAACCAUUGCCCCAAUUCCUACACACCAGGAACAAGGAAGCUGGAUAACCUAUCCACUGACAUGAAAGACUACUGCAUAGAUUUAAUGGUUGUCAAUGUGUACAAUAUGGAAACCUAAAGAAACCAACUAAUGUUAAAGUAGGAGUGUUGUUGUUUCUUACCUGGGGUUUCUUUUGGAUGGAAUUCAUCACCCAAGAAAAGUAAGGUUUAAAUCAACCUUUACAAUAGAAAUUCUUUCUUUAAACCUGUCACUUUGCUCUGUGGCAGCCAUCACCCUUUUCCAAAAUGUUUAUGAUGAAUGUAAAAUCCAACAAAAUUUGCAAUUCAGAUGAAUAUUCCAAUCAAUUCUCUUGCAUGAUGUUGUUACAUGAAUUGUACAGAAGAAGGAAAAAAAACUUCAAUGCAACUCCUGCCAAUUUGGAGGAAUUCACAGAUUUGCCAUGGAUCCGUAUACUGUUUAAUGUGACUUAACUUGGUGUAAAAUACAUGUACUUGCAGACCAAAGAUAUGUAAAGUAUUAAGGAAUCGUGUCAUGACAGUCUGAAUGUCCCAACAGAUCUCCAUUGACAGAGCUUCCGCAAAUCCUGCCUGAUACUUAGUGCAGUAGUCUGUUAUAUGUGAGAACCUUUAAAUCCAUACUCCAUUCAUAAUUCAGUUAUUUAAAGGGGAACUCCGGCUUCCAAACCACAAUUUGAUAAAGAGGCCCAUAUAACACAGAAACCCCUAAUAUAUCCAUCACAGUUACCUGUUUCUUCAAAAAAAAAUUGAAUAAAUGCCAUUUUCUUGGCUGAAAUCCAGCUGUUUAACAGUUCUUCACUUUCUGCAUCAUUUGAAAUCCUGGCAGGGAAGGAGGGACCAAAAUAAUGAUGUUACAAAUCGUAACAACUUCUCCACAGCUUACAGACAGCAUGCAGGAACUACAUAACCCACAAUGCAUUGCACUAUGCUGUUCCGUUCCUUAUUGAAAUCAUGUGUGCAGGGAAUUGUGGGGUUUGGAGGCUGCAGGCUGAGGACAGAUGGCUGUUGAUACAAAGUAACAGUACUCAGCCAGCUCAGCAAAGUAGUCAGACAGACCAGAAGGAUAGCAGGGGUCUAAGCUUAGGGAACUGUCAGUAACCAUUAAAAAUCAUGAAUAGUCUGCAUAUUUGUAUAUUGCAAAGUUGCCUGAAAUUAUGUUUACUUUUCAAAAAGCUUAAGUUAUGUUUUUGUGGAGUUCCCCUUUAAGUAUUGUAUAAGAGAUAUAAUUUGUGUUGGCGUUUGCACAUUUUUACUGACCAGUCCAGAUCUAUGCAGCAGUGAAAUACUGUAGCUUGAAGCAUCCUUUCUCAUAAGUAGAGUUGGAUGCUAAAGGGAGAGACAAAAAUCAGGUUGCACUAAGUUAUUAGGACUAACAUCCUAUUUUUGGAGAUUUAUCUUUAAUAUACACAUUUCCCUUUUGACUAGAAAGUUGCCUCUCGCUCCAGGUAUGUCCAACCAGCAGCCUUUCUAGCUAAAGUAGGGCUUAAAUGUGUCUAGGGGAAUAAUUGAUGGCCUGAUGAUGAAUUAUUGUCUCUAGCAACUCCAAUAGGCUGCUGGCCUAUAGGACAAUUCAUGCAGUAUGUUCUAUGGCUCACACAGAUUUCAUCCUCCAUAUGACUGUAUGACUAGUUUUUCAGUUUCAAAUGUACAAAUUUGAAAUCUUACUCUUUCUGUAUACUGAGACAGUACAGCCUAGGAAAGCCACACAUGAACCUGUAAAUAUUGCUGAUCAUUAAAGGGACCCGUCACCCAAAAAAAUUAUACAAGAUCCUAUUUUAUUAAGCAAAAUGAACUAUAAUUACACUGUAUAAAUAUUCAGAAUCUUGUUUCAUCAUUAUAACAAGCAGUCAGGAGCCAUUUUGUGGACACUGUUAUUAAGACAAGCCUUGCAUCAUCUCAGAAUCUUGUUUGUGCAUCAGAAUGGGGGACCCACUGUCCAUCCCCAUGCCCUGGCUACACAAUUAAACGGUGA